UCUUAGGAUCACAAGUCUUGUUUAAAUAGGGACCAUGCCAUAAUUGGGGGCUCGUCCGGGAUGAUACCACCAAAACUGUUAUUGUUUUAACUAUUUGAACCACAUGGCACUUGUAGCUAUCACUAUAUGAUCACUAUCAAUAUCACAGAGUUGUUUCCAGGUAAUGUAAGAAUUGAUCAAAUUAAAUCUUAAGUGCAUCAAACAUUUAUUAUUAAUACCCUGUUUACUACUCGCCUGUAGGCGGAUUACACUGUUGCCACACGUGUUUUACAGCAUGGAUGUAUUAAUGCUCCCUGAACCAUUUUAGAUAGCGAACAGGAUAAAACAGUAUUUAGCAAGAGAUCAAGCCACUCUAGUAGUUAAAAUUAGACCCGGUCAGCGCAGGAGGUUUAUCUACACCUCCUCCAACAACACCACCAACGUUUGUUAUUAUUUGUUUUUAUAAUGUCUGCAAUCGCUUACAGUCAAAGCUCAGACCUCACUCAGCCCUAUUAGCAUAACGUCAGGAAAAUGAAAAGCCAUUGGCGACUAUAACGGGAUUAAGGAGUCUUGAAUGAGGAGCAGCCCGCGGUGAAGCAGCGCUGACGGGACAGGGCCUUUCCUUUUGUCGGUUACUUGCCUUCAGAUAAUCCUCAACUAUUCUCACCAACGACCUUGAGCUCAAUGCUAAUCCAGAGAGAGAGAGAGAAAGUGUGUGUGUGUGUUUGAGCCUCCAGAAGCGGAUUCUGUCGUGUUAUGGAGGGUUCAGAUGAAGAAAAGCGUCUGUCUAAUGGAGGUGUUUGCUGAGGAAUGAUCGGCCUCAGGAGCUGCAGUCAUGUACAUUGAGGACUCAGCUAAUGGGCUCAGCUCUGCUCCGGACUCUGUGCUACAGGUCAAUCCUGACACAGAGAGCUCCACAGAUCCGCUACCGGACCCAGUGUCCCCCAACGGGACCUUCAGCGUAAUCGCAGAGGAGCCGUUCUGUCGUAUCUGUCAUGAAGACAGCGCUGCGGGUGAUCUGUUAUCUCCGUGUGAAUGUGCUGGAUCUCUGGCCAUGGUUCACCGUGUGUGUCUAGAGCAGUGGCUCACAGCCUCGGGCACCAGCAGCUGCGAGCUUUGCCACUUCCAGUACGCUCUGGAGAGACUCCCUAAACCCUUCACUGAGUGGUUGAGCGCUCCUUCAAUGCAGCAGCAGAGGCGGACGCUAUGUGGAGACGUGAUCUGCUUUCUGUUCAUCACACCGUUAGCCAGUCUGUCGGGCUGGUUGUGUGUGCAGGGAGCCAUGGAUCUCUACUACAGCAACGGCAUGGAGGCCGUCGGACUCAUUAUCCUCACACUCACCCUCUUCACUAUAUACCUCUUCUGGACCGUCGUAUCUCUUCGUUACCACAUCCACCUUUUCAGGACGUGGAAUGCGACGAAUCCCAGUGUCCGACUUCAGAUUCCCCGUCCUGCGAAAGCACAACAGAGGCCUAAACAUCUCACAAUGCACUUCUUGUGCAAAUACAAGAAAAAGGAGACGGUGGUGUAGUGCCUACAAGCACAUCAGGAAGAAAACAGACUGAUGCUGUGGUCACACUAGAGUUUGAGCACGUGAAAUUCUGUUGUACAUCUUAAACAAGAUGAUUAGACAUUUAAAAAAGCGAGCGAUUGGUCCAUAUUUUAAAUUUCUCUCCAGAGAGGUCAUGUUUUGAUCUUCGAUUGGUCUCACGCAGUCACGAGAUGCAAUUUCGCAGGUCAGAGUUCACCAAGCUUGAAGUUUGCAGCACAGUGAACGCUGAAACUUGCUGCACGAGCAUGCGUUUCCAGUCUGUCCCAUUCGCGCGCAAAUGAAUGGAAAUCUAUAGGAGAAAAGUGCAGUGUGAGCGCGGCUUAACGCAAAAGCCCUGAUUUUGGAGUCACACCCAAGAUUUGAAGAGACUUUUGCAUUAAUUUGAAGUGAUGAGAGAUUUCGAGACUUGCUUCAUCUGUACUUGGGUUUUUUUUAAUAAUGGAAAAGUCAUAUAUUCAACGUGGGAAAAGUGUGUCAAACCACAGGAGAAGAGCACGUCUUCAUUAAGGGGAGAGUUCACCCAAAACUGAUCAUUCUAUCAACAUUUAUUCACCCUUGACUUCUUUAAAACCUGCUUGAGUUUCUGUUGAACACAAAUGAAGAUAUUUUGAAACAUGCUGGAAGUCGGUAACCAUUCAUAGUAUGGAAGUUGAUGGUCAUAGGUUUCCAACAUUCUCCAAAAUAUCUUCUUUUGUGUUCAAAAGAUAAAAGAAACUCAUAAAUGUUUGGAAUCACUUGAGGUGAGUAAAAAAUAAGUAUAUUUUCAUUUUUGGGUGACCUAUCCCUUUAAUAAACCAGCGAACAGUGAUUGAGCUAUUUAUACUUGCAGUUUUUACCUUAAAAUAGUAUAUACCAUACCUGUCAACCGUCCUGUUUUACCCAGGAUUCCCCUGUAUUUUUAAAUAUAUAUAUAAAUAAAACAAAAAGUCAUGAAAACAAUUGUUUAUUUGUUACUUUAACUAACAUUGAUCAGUUUAUCGGGUUUAUACAAAGCUUAACUUAAUAUUUUUAUUUAGUUUGGCUGAUGUAAAUUAAGUUUAACAAUAGUCUAAUAGCAUUCAAUAACUAUAGUAGCCUACCUUUAAUCAGAAUAUAUCUACACAGCUGACAAAAGUGUUAUCUCCCAUCCAAGUUUUAGGAACAACAAAUACUAACUUGACUUCUAGUUGAUGAUUUGGUAUCAGA